AUGAGCUGUUCCAUAUGCUCACGUGCCCCUCAUUCCCGCCUUUCUUUCUACUGUCCGACAUGUGCCCGCAAUCAGUUAUAUCAACUACGAAUCAAUAGCGCUCAAGUUCUUCUGGAGAAAGAAGUCCUUGGGAAGCAAAUUGAGGAAGCUGUUGCCCGCGAUAACACUGGGAUUCAGUCUCCUCCGCACGAACAAGCCCUACUCGAUACGGACAAAGAUUGCUCUCCCCACUGGGUCCUCCAAACGAUAAGUACUCGACAUGCAGUAUCUUUGGCAAAGAGAGAAUUGGUUUCACAUCAGCUUGAGACUCUGAAAUCAGAGGUCGAAGCCAAGAAAGCCGAGAUUGCCAAGCAAAAAGAAGCUCUAGCACGCAGACGAUCAGAUGCUGAAUCUGCCGAAUUUCAACUUCAAGAGCGGGAAGCUGGGAUCCUGGCGGGCGUUCAAAAUACCAGCAAAAGGGUCGAGCACGUUUGGCAUUCCCUUCAUAGCAAGACAGCGGAGUCACGUAUUUAUCUUUGUCGAGAAGUCGCCAAUCUCUAUGGCCUACGAAAGGUUACAAAGAAGGGGCAAGGUCGGGAAACAUAUGUGCUUGGAAGUGGUUUUAUCGUUGACUUGAGGGAUAUGAAUGGCAAGUCUUCGUCGUCGCUUCCACACAGUAUACCGCAAGAACAUAUAUCCUCGUCUUUUUCUAACAUCGCUCAUCUUCUGGUCAUUGUGUCACACUAUCUCUCCUUGAGACUUCCCGCCGAAAUUACACUGCCUCACAAAAACUAUCCUGUGCCUACAAUAUAUACCCCCUCAGCAUCAUAUCGCUCGCGCGACGGUCACGAUGGUGCUGAUUAUCAGUCCUCAUCAAGUCCAGCUGCAUCAAGGACGGUGGACCCACGCAUCUACGCACCACGUCCGCGGCCUCUCUUCAUUGAUAAGCCUUUGGCCCGGUUAGCAAAGGAGGACCCCGCAACAUACGCUUUCUUUCUUGAAGGAGCCACUCUCCUGGCGUGGAAUGUUGCCUGGUUAUGUCGAACUCAAGGGAUAAACCUCUCAUCAGACUCUUGGGAGGAAGUCUGCGAUAUUGGCAAGAGCUUGUGGCAACUACUGGUUGCUCCGCCAGCUCACCCUUCAACUCUGAUGCGAGCCUUUGCCGGCCGAGACACGCAGACACAGAUGAAAUCUGCCAAAGACUCACCCAAAACAACAAUUCAGCGAACAACUUCUUUUCCUAUGCUGGGUCAUUAUUCCCAUGGCACAGCACAUUCUUUCCUGGGAGCAUCGGAAGGUGUUGAAUUCAUGCGAAUAUGGAAACUUCCAACCCCAACCAAGAUUGUGGAUAAAUUGAAGUCCAACCUUCAAGGGGAAAUGGCCAGUGCGGAAUGGGAAUUGCUGGAAGAAAAAGAAUGGGACGAUGCGGUCAUGGAUUCACCUCAGCCAUCUUUUCCGCAAUCUCUCAAGGCCACAUCUCCGGGCUCUCAAUCUGCAAGGGUAGAAACCGACACAGACAGCAGAACUACAAGUUCAAAAACACCUGGAAGGACUCAUGGCCAUGAAGAUGCUUCACCACGACCUAAAGGUACCAAAGGUUGGACUAAGGUGGGCAACAGGUAG